GGUCAAAGGAGUCAAAGGUAAAUGAUGAUUUUGGGUUGAAAGGUCAAGUUUGUUUUGUGUUUACAACAACAAAAUAUGGGGCAAACGUGCGCAAGCUUCUCGACAUUCUCGAGAGAAUUCUAUUGUCUGCCUCGAUAUUUCGAGAACUUCUUGUGGAGGGAUAUAAAUAUUAGUCAGAUGAUUGUGUGUAACAGUAAGAGUGAAACGAAAACUUGUUAUACAGAGCAGACGCGCAUUUAAAUAAUAUGUUUGCCAUAACACCCCGUUUGGACGACUUCGGUCUGUUACGCUUUGCUGAUGAGCUCUCUAACUGCUGGGAUCGUUCUCCCCUUUUACAAGCUGUUGGAGUUGACAGGGAAUCAGAGGUAUUUAUAUUUAUAACUUUGUGUUUGUUAAUUCGGUUAUCGUUAUUUCCAUAAAUAUAGCUAAUGAUCUUGAAUUAAUUUUUUUUUUAAAUUUUAGGCCUGCUCACCAGGGCAGAGCCUGGUGCAGUUUAUUUUACACAUCCGCUCAGGGUAUUUUGAGAAAAUACCCGACAUGUCCGUCCGAGUGUUACAAAAAUAAUAGUAUAAUUAUCUUAUUUUCUAUACUAUAAUAUAAUCCUAACCCAGUGGUUCUCAAUUUUUUUAAUGCAUCCACCGCUUAACUUAAUAACAAUAGUGGUUGCCAAGACUGCAGCCACCCAAAACCAGAGUUAGGCCUAUAUUGCCUAUAGUCUAUAGUAUAUAUUGCUUGAACUUGAGAAACAAGUGUUGAGAAUUACAAGUGAGAACGGGGCAGAGCUUUUUGUAGAUAAAAAAAGUGUUGGUACCGUAAUUGUGAUCAGGGAUAUAAGGGAGCAGAAAUAAGGGCUAAGACUUAGAAAUGUGGAGGGUUCUGGAAAGGGCGCAGAACAUGUUUUAAUAAAUUCAGGCACCUGGUUAGAGUUUUGCUUUGAAGUGGCCAACUUUUAAGUUGAAGCAACAAUAAAAAAAAUGAAAGUGAUUAUUCGCAAAGCCGUGCGUAUAAUGCUCGCCGCUAUUUGAAGAUUUUGGUCUGCCGAUAACGCUCUGCAUUAUUCGCAGAAUGUGAUAAAUUAAAUUAUGAAUAUAAAAUAUAAAGUUCACCUUGUAAGCAGCUCCUCAGUAGUAUAGUGGUAAGUAUCCUCGCCUGUCAUGCGGAAGACCCGUGCUCGAUUCCCCGCCGAGAAGCUACUUUUUAUAAUUAAAUAUUUAAAAAAAAUAAAUAUUUAAAGGUUAUUUCGUAUGGGAAGCGUUAUUCGCAGAUCUCUGCGAAUAAUGCCGAGUGUUAUUCACAGAUCUCUGCGAAUAAUGUUGAGCAUUUUCGACAGACCGACAUCUUCGUGAAUGAUGCAGAAGGUUAUUGGUAGACAGAAAUUUUCAAAUAAUGUAGAGCGUUAUUUGCAGACAGAAAUUUUCCCAUAAUUACGCAAAUUUCUAGAACAAAUAAGGAUCAAAUUCCAAGCCGGGGGUGGGGGGUUGUAAUUUUAAGUAGUGUUGUAUAUAUCGAUCUUUAAUGAGUAUGAGUAAAAUUUAAUAGGCCUAACUAUAGCCUAUAUAUUGGAUAUAGGACAAUUAAUUGUGCCUACAUCUGCUCUGAUGCUCUGUUAGUUUUAUUAUACUUUUUAUUUAUACAAUUUUAUUAUACUUUUCAUUCUGUAUAUAGGACAAUUAAUUGUGCCUACAUCUGCUCUGAUGCUCUGUUAGUUUUAUUAUACUUUUUAUUUAUACAAUUUUAUUAUACUUUUCAUUCUGUCCAACAACAUAGGUAUUCAAAAUUCUAGUUUCAAUCUAUUUUUUUAGAAUGUUCAUUCAAGUUUGUAAAAAACUCGUAUCCAGAAAUUUGAUCGAUAGAAAUUUGGUCGAUGGUAAAUUGAUAGACUGUAAUUUGAUGGAACGGAAAUUUGGUUGAAUCUUCUUUUCAGUUUUUAUGUUAAAAUUUUGUUUUAAAUUUCUUUUUGAACUCAUUAUUUUGUUUUACUAUAUAGUAUGGUGCGUUUAAAAAGAAAUUAGACAAAAAUUUAAACGGGUGACCUGACAACAUUAUUCGCAGAGCUUUGCGGAGAUCGCUUCCCAUUAAAAAAUGAAACAAAAGAAAAAUGUUAAUAAAUAUCAAAAGCAAUUUAAAAAAAAAUGAAAAUAAACUGUCCAAAUAUUUAUAUUAAACUGGUUAUAUUCAAACUGGAGGCAGAAAUGCGUAAACUUCCCAUCUGUAUAAAGUUGACAAAAUGCAUUGAAUUAACAUACUUUAUAAGAAUCCGAACAAGUGCUACAAGUCCCCAACUACAUUGUAUGCUAUUUACACACAUUUAUCAUGGCCCUGAGCUAUAUGUCCCAAUCCUUUUUACAACAGAUUUAUUCAGAGGCAUAGCGAGGGGGGGCGGGGGGACAGAUGUCCCCGGGCGCCAGCUAGUUAGGGGCGCCAAAAUGUGCUUUGAUAUAUUAAUGGUAAAAAUAAUGUGUUUGAGAGUUGAAAAAAGAAAAGGGGGCGCUUUAAAAUUGAUCUUGUCCCCGGGCGCGAAUCUUGUCCCCGGGCGCCAAACACCCUCGCUACGUCUCUGGAUGUAUUACAUCAUAUUUAAAUUGAGACUAUUCCCAAAACAAAAGAAAUUAUUACACUCCAAACACACUUGCAGUAUUUUUAAGAAUUUCAUUUAGAGCUGUUAUCUGGAAUUUUAUUUUGUACUGUUGAAAUCACCAUUACACCAUACAUACCUAAAGAAUUAUAUCAAUUGAUUGAUUAGCUGCUAACAUUUACCUAAUAUAUCGUUAAAAAAAUUAUUUUAAGUAGCUGUGGUAGUGUAGUAACAAUCAGAAACUAGUCAGAUCACUGCAAAUAUUUCAAUUUUGAAAUGAAAUGUCAAAUAAGAAAUAAUGCACAUAACAAACAGAGACUUAAUAUAACUACCAGUACUAGGAUAAAGAAAAUGUCUUGAAGUCAAAGUAUAAUUUUAAGCAUAAUUUUAUACUAAGUUGUACUAAAUUUUAUACUACUAUUGUUAUAAUUUUUCCUUUUUAAAAACAAAUUUAUGCAAUUUUAAAAACAUUUGGUUGACUUAUAAUACACAUUUUCUGAGUUUGUUCAAACUACUUGGUGAAAUUUUAGCAGACUUGGUCUUGAUUCUGUUUAUUUACUAACUGAUUUUAUCAAAACAGUAAAGUUGAACACCUGACUGUGUUAUUGGUAAACUGAGGUUGACAGGUUGCUUUUCACCAAUUGAAUUAGUCAAAACCUGUGCAUUUUAAAAUCUUUGUUUUUUGUGUAGGCCUAAUUACAUUGGGACUAACAAUGCAUCUAAUUCAUCUUUAUUCAUCUAAUUUUUUAAAGGUUCAAAAUACUGACAAAGAAUUCAGAAUUCGUUGUGAUUUUAGACACUACAAACCAGAGGAAAUCAAAAUUACCUCUGAUAACCAGCGUGUGACGAUUCAUGCAAAGCAUGAGGAGAAGCAGGACAAUCAUGGCUUUGUGUCUCGUGAAAUCUGCAGAGUUUACAAACUGCCAGAGGUAAGUAGAUAUUUAUUUCUUUUACAGACUCGGUAUUGAAUCCACUUAAUAAUUUGUGGUAAUAUUUUUGGGGGCUAUUCAUAUUCUAUUCUACAAAAAAACAACACAAAAAGCACUUAACUAAGUUUCUUUAAAGUCUAAAUAAACAAUAUAAAAUGGAGUUAAGACUUGUUUUAGCUAAAGCUUAGGGCAACAUGAUUGCAAAUGAAAUGCUUAGUGUAUAUAAUGGUUUCUAUAACAUAUUUCAGAUAUAUUUACCUCUGGUACCUUAAAUGUAACUGAUAUUUCUUACUUAUUUUUCAGGAUGUUGAUGCCAAGUCCGUUACCUCCUCAUUGAACUCUAAAGGUGUCCUCAACAUCAAAGCCUCCAAACUUGCACUUGAAGCUCCUAAAGACACACCAAUUCCUGUUCAGUUUGCUGGUUAAUGUCACAGCCUUGAAAUAUUUUUGAAAUGAAGUAUUUUGCUUUUACUUCAUUGGUUGACAUUAUUUUUAAAGGUUCACAAUAGUGCCACAUGAACAAGCUAACAAUUACUAACAUUAAAGGACCAGGUCCGAAUUUCUUGUUCAUUGACACUUAUGUUUUUAUUUUCAUUGUUACUGUAUUUUUUUUGUUACUGUAUUUUUUUUAAUAUUUUUUUUUAUGAAUCAUUAAACUUGAAUAUAAAUAUUCAAGAAAUUAAAUUCUCAUCUUUGCUGUUUUCUUUCUUUAAAUUAUAGCUGUUUGAUUUACAUAGCCUAGCAUCACUAUACAGUUUGUCAACUUGACAGAGGGUUUGUUUCAAAAUGUUAGCAUUUC